UUGGGGAAGAGGCUGUCUUCGUUCCUUUCAGAGGCUCAAACCGUCAAACGACCGGUGUUGACCCCCCCGGCCCGUUCACGGCCUCCGAGGCCUGAGAGUGGCUGCCCCCGUACCCCUGUGCUCUAGUUUGGCGCGUUUCUCGGUUUGGUGCGCGGCAGCUGCCGUGCUAGGAGCGCGUGGAUUAAAGAGCCUCGAAGGCCGCGCGGCCAUUGCUGCAAUUUGGGCCCGAAUCUUUGAACAAAACUCCGGAAAACAACGAAAAAGUCCGAGAAGUCCAGUAUGAAGAAAAAAGGCAGAAACCAUCGUCUGGCUGUCAUCAAGAGGGACUCCUCCCCCAUCAAACCAUCACCCAACAGGGAGACUCUCACCUACGCUCAGGCUCAGCGGAUGGUGGAGUUGGAGGUAGACGGCCGAGUUCACCGGCUCAGCAUUUACGACAAACUGGAUGUAAUCUCCGAUGAAGACCCCGUCGCCCAGGAGAUCGUGGAGUGCAACAGCAACAAGGAAAACAACGAGAAGCCCCCACAGGUCCCGGUGCGCUCUGUGCGCCUCAAGAACAACCAGCAGAAGAAGAGCGCGGCACUCACCACCUCACACAGCACCAGCUCCGGGAGCCUGCUGGAGCCCAAGGUCCGACAGGUGGAGUACAACCUGCCGGUGGUGCCGAAAAGGCCGGCAGCUUUUUACAAAUACACAGAGAGGACGGGGGAGGAGCUUGAUGAGGAGGUGGAGUACGACAUGGACGAGGAGGACUGCGCCUGGCUGGAACUCAUCAACGAGAAGCGAAAGAGUGAGGGGGUCAGCCCCGUGUCACACCACCUGUUUGAGUUCCUCAUGGACCGCUUCGAGAAGGAGUCGUUCCUGACGUCUCAGGAUCGCAGCAACCCGCAGAGUCUGGUAGACGAAGACGCAGUCUGCUGCAUCUGCAUGGAUGGAGACGGCGCCGAUAGCAACGUCAUCCUUUUCUGUGAUUCCUGCAACAUUGCCGUGCACCAGGAGUGCUACGGCGUGCCCUACAUCCCGGAGGGGCAGUGGCUUUGUCGCCACUGCCUACAGUGCCCCUCACGCCCAGCCCAGUGCCUUUUCUGCCCCAACCAAGGGGGAGCUUUGAAGAGGACGGACGAUGACCGCUGGGGCCAUGUGGCGUGUGCUCUGUGGGUUCCUGAAGUCGGGUUCUCUGACACUGUUUUCAUCGAGCCCAUUGACGGGGUUCGCAACAUCCCGCCCGCCCGCUGGAAACUCACCUGCUACCUGUGCAAAGCAAAGGGCGCGGGAGCCUGCAUCCAAUGCGACAAGAUCAACUGCUAUACCGCCUUCCACGUCAGCUGCGCCCAGCAGGCGGGUCUCUACAUGAAGAUGGAGGCUGUCAAGGAGGUGGCUCCGUCCGGCGCCUUCACCUAUUCAGUCAAAAAGACGGCCUACUGCUGCAGCCACAUGCCUGAGGGCUGCGACCGGCGACCUCUCAACAUCUACCACGAGCCUUGCGCCCGAAGCGGCGCCUGUCACGAAAGACUUGAAAAAAAGUCCAAGUCCAAGAGCCUGCAGAAAAAGAAGCCGAAGAGGGUGGAACCUGAGGAGGAACCAGCACCAGAGAUCCUUGUGAAUUCUGGACCCAGCAUCACCGCCUCCAGCUUUGACACCAUCCUGAACCAGGUUGCUGUGCAGAGGAAGCGUCCUUUUGUGGAGCGAGUGCUGAACUUCUGGAUGCUGAAGCGGCAGUCGAGGAAUAACGUUCCGCUGAUCCGCCGGCUGCAGGCCCACCCGCAGCCCCCAAAAGCCAAGCAGACGGACCAAAAGGAGUCCAGUCGGGCUCUGAAGGAGCAGCUGAAGGUGUGGCACCGCCUCCGUCAUGACCUGGAGCGUGCACGCCUGCUGCUGGAGCUCAUCAGGAAGCGGGAGAAGCUAAAGCGGGAGGAGAUGAAGCUCCAGCAGUCGGUGUUGGAGGUGCAGCUGAACCCCUUCAACAUUCUGCUGAGGUCUGUGCUCAGUCAGUUACAGGAAAAAGACCACUACAGCAUCUUUGCUCAGCCUGUGAGCCUGAAGGAGGUCCCUGAUUAUCUGGACCACAUCAAGAACCCCAUGGACUUCUCCACCAUGAGGAGCAAGAUUGACGCCCAUGGCUACAGGAGCUUGGACGAGUUUGAGGCCGACUUCGACCUCAUCAUCUCUAACUGCAUGAGCUACAACGCCAAGGACACCUUCUUCUACAAAGCAGCGCAGAGGAUGCAGGACCACGGGGGGGCCAUCCUGCGCAGAGCCCACAGAGAGGUUUACAGAAUAGGUUUCGAAUUUCCCAGCGGGCUUCAUCUGCCGGUUGAGCCAAAGUUGGAGCCACCCCCGCCCUUCUCCUGGGAGGAUGUGGACCGCCUGCUGACGCCGUCCUACCGGCAGCAGACCCCCCCAGAGAGCCAGCUGAAGGAGCUCCUGCAGAAGCUGGACCUGAGUGCAGCCAUGAAGCACAGCCCGUCCCGCAGCAAGAGGCUCAAGCUGCUGAAGAAGACCAUCAUGGAGGUUCGGAAUGAGAUCAGCUUGAAGAAGUCCCCCCCGCCGCCCCCACGCUCCACAUCAGACCCGCUCCCUGUCCCCUCGGGCUCAGAGGAGAGGCAGACAGACGUCAGCGCACCACAGACGGAAAAGUCUUCAUCCCCAUCGAUACCUCAGCCAAUCAGCGCUUUGCCACAACCGGAAGUUCCCACCAGCACCUCUGAGCCACCUUACCUGAGGCCUGAAGGUUUCCCUUCAGACCAGAGCAUCGCGGUGCGUGGUGAAGACCUCAGCACAUCUACCUCAGCAGCUUUGGACUCCCUCAACCAGCACAUUCCAGAGCAGACACUCCUCAGCUGCAACAGUCAAACCUCAGACGCCUGCAGCCGACGCACCAACGUACUCUUCCGAAAGUCCAAGAGCGUCAGUCCACAGAAACCCACCAGGACCCAGGAAGCGGCUCCGUCUCUGGGCUCCAAAACCUUCCUGUCUGUGGUUAUCCCCCGCCUGGAGACCCUUCUGCUGCCAAAGAAACGGACGCGCAGCAGCAGCGCAGACAAGGACGAGGCGACGCCUGUCAAACGCCUCGACACGGGAAUCACCAACAGCACUGUGGUGGAAGAGGGUUCGGUUCCGUGUUCUGCCCGUUUGGUGGAGCCACGGCGACGCUGCGCCUCCGAGUCCAGCAUCUCGUCCAGCAGCACCUUCCUGUGUAUCAGCAGCUCCUCUGUCGCUUCCAAAGGCUGUAAAGGGCGUCUGCCGGCGUCCCGCCGAAACACUGUGGAUGACCGGAGCGGGCUGACGUCUUGCUCCGAGAACAGAGAGUUCCUCAAAGCUGCCAAAAUGUCUUCAGAUCAUGGAGCCCAGAGCUCAAAAGACACGGCCGCGGGACCGAGGGGGGGGUCUUCCCAAGCCGCCGCCGGACGUUCUCAGAGCCGGAGAGCGGAAGCAGUUCAGGUCCGCAGAGAAACUCUUCCUCGUCCGCUUCUUCGACAGCAGACGCAGCUGGCAAUGGCUUCCUAGAUCCAAGAUGGCUCCGAUGGGGAUCGACGAAGCCUUUGACCGGAUGAAGCUGAAGGAGGCUCGCUCCUCCUCCAUCCGCAAAACCGUGCAGCUUGCCUUCCAGCGUGCCGCGAAGCACCUGAACGCUGCGCAGCUGGACUGAGCCGGACUCGCCCACAACCGACUGCGCUCCCCCACCCACUCGCAUUCAGUCACGCCCAUUCCCCUUAUCUCAAUCCCUAAAGCCUUCGUCUCUACCACAAAGCUAUGCAAGAAGGCGGGCAAAUGUGGGCGUGUCUAAAGACUCGUUCAGAACAUAUUUCUGACUUAGUAACUGGUGCAAAACUCCUGCAGCAGUUCUUACUGCUCUGCAGCAGAAACCGCCUGACCUCUACAACAAUCACACAACAGUCUGAACACUAAACCGCCUUUCCGGUCGGACGACAGUCGUCCCGCUUCAGUGACGCUCUGACAGCACUAUUCUGGGACAGCAGAACUUUAGGAAAAACUGCUGUAACACAAACAUGGCUCUGCAAUAAGACUGACCGACGGUUGGGCCGCUUCACAACGGUUCGGUGUGACACUAACUCCUGUAGUGAUCAGGUCUUCUUCAUGGUUGGUGCUGUCCCCUCUGUGGAAACAUCCUUACUGUAACUGCUUCCAACUAGUUUAUACUUUUGUUUGUAUAUGUAGAAGUUCUCAAUAAUGGACUCUGUGGCAUUCAUUUGUGUGUUAUUUUUGUUAUUUUUUUUUUUACCUGAAUGUUUGUACUGGACUACUUUAUCUGCAGAUAUUUAUAUGAAAGCUCACACUUUAAAUCCCCGAAGUGCAUCGUUCACGCAGAAACCAAAAGGACUUUUUCUGUGAAGUCUGGAACAGCUGAUCUGUGUGACGUUCGUGUGCUGUGUUGUCUGUAAAACAAGCCGCUGAGCCUGAGAAUGUGCCUGUACUAAGUUAUUGUAAAGAUUUGAAUAUGCAUCACUUUAUAGAGGGAAAAAACUACACUCCUCGUUCUCUGGUGGAAAUCUGUUAGGUUUUAUUUUAAAGCAUUAACUGCACGGGAGGGGAGGGGGGGUAUUGAGUUCCUCUGAGUGUUGGAUGUAACUAUUUGGUACUUUAGGUGAUUCUCUGGGAAAACAGUUCCAGCAUCAGCGCGCUGGGAGGUUUUUUUUUAAAUACUAAAACACUGAAAUUAAAGUCUGUUACUGAGUUUCAACACA